AUGCCGUUCGAAGGUUUGGCGGGUUUUAAGGAGAAGGUGUUUAAACCUGGAAAAGAGGAGGUGAAGAACUCAGUGGGAGACUCUCUCGGAAAAAUACAAAGAAAAAUCGAUGGGAGUAACUUGGACGAGGAGGACAUCGAGCUGACGGAGGAUGGGCGUCCGGUGGCGUCUGUGCCUCGUGAGCCCCCCCUGCUGGACUGCAGCUGCUUUGGGCUCCCGAAGCGUUACAUCAUCGCCAUGCUGAGCGGCCUGGGCUUCUGCAUCUCCUUUGGGAUCCGCUGUAACCUCGGCGUCGCCAUCGUGGAGAUGGUCAACAAUAACACGGUCUACAUCAACGGGACUCCGGUCAUACAGAAAGCUCAGUUUAACUGGGACCCGGAGACGGUCGGUCUGAUCCACGGAUCCUUCUUCUGGGGAUAUAUCGUCACACAGAUCCCAGGAGGAUUCAUCUCCAACAAACUGUCUGCCAACAGAGUGUUCGGAGCGGCCAUCUUUCUCACCUCGAUGCUCAACAUGUUCAUCCCGUCGGCGGCCAGAGUUCACUACGGCUGCGUCAUGUUUGUGCGAAUCCUGCAGGGUCUCGUGGAGGGCGUCACUUACCCAGCAUGCCACGGGCUGUGGUCCAAAUGGGCUCCGCCUCUUGAACGGAGCCGACUGGCCACUACCUCCUUCUGUGGGUCUUACGCCGGGGCAGUGAUCGCGAUGCCGUUGGCGGGGAUCCUGGUGCAGUACGUGGGCUGGCCCUCUGUGUUUUACGUUUAUGGCGUGUUCGGGUUCAUCUGGUACAUCAUGUGGUUGUUACUGGCGUACGGGAGCCCGGCCGCCCACCCCACCAUCACCGACGAGGAGAGGCUCUACAUCGAGGCCGCCAUCGGAGAAAGCAUGAGCAAGCAGAGCGCCACACAGAAAUUUAAAACUCCCUGGCGACGUUUCUUCACCUCCAUGCCCGUCUACGCCAUCAUCGUCGCCAACUUCUGCCGCAGCUGGACGUUCUACCUGCUCUUGAUCAGCCAGCCGGCGUAUUUUGAAGAGGUCUUUGGUUUUCCGAUCAGUAAGGUGGGCAUCCUGUCUGCGGUGCCGCACAUGGUCAUGACGAUCGUGGUCCCGAUCGGAGGGCAGCUCGCCGACUUUUUACGCACCAACAAAAUCAUGUCCACCACAAACGUUCGGAAGCUGAUGAACUGUGGAGGUUUUGGGAUGGAGGCCACUCUUCUUCUGGUGGUGGGUUUCUCUCACACUCGCGCUGUGGCCAUCUCCUUCCUGGUGCUCGCGGUUGGAUUCAGUGGAUUUGCCAUCUCAGGUUUUAACGUGAACCACCUGGACAUCGCUCCUCGCUACGCCAGCAUCCUGAUGGGCAUUUCCAACGGCGUGGGCACUCUGUCCGGGAUGGUGUGUCCGCUCAUCGUGGGCGCCCUGACCAAACACAAGACCCGCUUGGAGUGGCAGAACGUCUUCGUCAUCGCGUCCAUGGUGCAUUACUCUGGCGUCAUCUUCUACGCCAUCUUUGCGUCGGGCGAGCAGCAGGAGUGGGCCAACCCCGAGGACAUGUCCGAGGACAAACUGGGCAUCAUGGACGACGACGAGCUGGCCGAGGAGGCGGAACUCACCAACGAAAACUCUGUCGCCGCCCAAAAGAGCUACGGAACCACGGACAACUCCUCGGGGCGCAGACAAGGCUGGAAGAACAAGAGAGGAGCCACAAUGCAGCAGGAGGACGAGCACUACGGCAACGGGGACUAUCAGGAAGGAUACCAGUGA